UGCCAAAUUUCUGCUGUUCUAUUGCAUUUCUUUUAUUUGGCAACAUUUAGCUGGAUGUUAGUCGAAGGCAUCCAUCUAUAUUUUGCUAUUAUUGCGGUAUACAGCCAUAAAAGUAAAUUGCAAAUUUAUUUUGGAGUUGGAUGGGGGAUACCUGUUAUCGUUGUUUCGAUAUCAGCCAUCGUCAGAUUUGAUAGCUACGGCCAGGAUGAGAGAUGCUGGCUAUCUUAUGAGAAUGGAUUUAUUUGGGCCUUUAUUGCUCCAGUUAUAGCAAUUUUAUGUGCUAAUAUCAUCAUCAUGGUUGCUGUAGUUAAAAUAUCACUUGCUGCAAACGUAGCAGUAUCGCGUGAAAGUAGAAAUUCGCUUAUUGUGAAAUCCUUAGUUAAGGCAACAGCUGUCUUAUUUCCGAUUUUGGGAAUGACUUGGGCAUUUGGAUUGAUCCCUGCAACACAACAAACCAUCAUAUUUAGCUAUUUAUUCGUCAUAUGCAACUCUCUACAGGGGGCCUUUAUUUUCCUGUUUCACUGCAUUUUUAAUUCAGAGGUAAGGCAUGCACAUAGGUUAAAGAUCGCUGUGUAUACCUUAUUUGAAACUUAA